AUGGAGCAAACCCACCUGCUGAUCAGGAUCAGGUGUUGUCAUCAAGAGGUGAAAAACGACAUCUUUUCCUUCCAGAGUUCAGCAGGAGGAGGAUUGUCCCUGCGGGUCCAUGCGGUCCGGUUCAGUCCGGGUCAGGAGCUGCUGGGAUCUCUGCAGGCGUUCGUGGAGGAGAGGGGACUCCGAGCGCCAUUCAUCAUCACCUGCGUGGGCAGCGUCACCAAGGCCUCACUCCGACUGGCCAACGCCACGGCAACAAAUACAAACGAGGUGAUCCACCUCAGCGGGAGGUUCGAGAUCGUCUCCCUGGUCGGUACACUCAACCCGGACGCCCACCUCCACAUCUGCCUGUCGGACGUCGAGGGCCGGACGGUCGGCGGUCAUGUGCUGGGAGGUCUGGAGGUGUUCACCACGGCCGAGGUGGUCGUCGGCGAGGCGGUCGACUUGCAUUUCACCAGAGAGAUGGACGAGCGGACGGGAUUCCCUGAACUCGUGGUUAAACCGCGCUCACACAGUGAAGAUAACUGAAAAAUGUGACCGUUAAAGGAGUUAAAAUACGUAUCGAUAGAAACGCGUGGUGAUUAAAACACGUAGUGCGACUCAGAUUAUUAAAAACAUCCAGCGUCUCUUCAGAACGUCUUCAAGGGAUGCAGCUUCUUAAACACACACACACACACACAGUUAUCCAGAGCUUCAGCAGCCAAUAGCAGCAGCCCUGCAGGGGGUGCAGCUUUCUGC